GGUGCCUAAAUUUUUUUCCUACUGGUAUAAAAAAUCAUUAAAGAUAGACUCGGUGUGGGGUUGGGCGUCACCCCCGCUGCGCCUUCAGCUAGCUGGGGGGAGCCGAGGAGCCUCGGGUAGCACUGCUGCCCAAGCAUCCUCAAAUACGAGGAUGGGUGAAAUGGUUGAACGAGCACCAUCACCGGCACGCUUAAGUCAUACAUCCGAGAAGCAUCCUCGUGCAACCCUCACUGAAUUAAAUGUACUGAGACGUCAUCGUGAACUUUGUGAUGUUGUACUUAAUGUUGGAACAAGAAAAAUAUUUGCACAUCGUGUUAUUCUAUCAGCAUGUAGUCCAUAUUUUAGAGCAAUGUUUACUGGUGAACUUGCUGAAUCACGUCAAACAGAAGUUACAAUACGUGAUAUUGAUGAAAUAGCAAUGGAACUGUUGAUUGAUUUUUGUUAUACAUCACAUAUUAUUGUUGAAGAAGCUAAUGUACAAACAUUAUUACCAGCUGCAUGUUUACUACAACUUGCUGAAAUACAAGAUAUAUGCUGUGAAUUUUUAAAACGCCAACUUGAUCCAUCAAAUUGUUUGGGUAUACGUGCAUUUGCUGAUACACAUUCAUGUCGUGAAUUAUUACGUAUUGCUGAUAAAUUUACACAACAUAAUUUUCAAGAAGUUAUGGAAAGUGAAGAAUUUUUAUUAUUACCAGUUGGACAACUUGUUGAUAUAAUAUCAUCUGAUGAAUUAAAUGUUAGAACAGAAGAACAGGUGUUUAGUUCAGUUAUGAAUUGGGUUAAAUAUAAUGUUAGUGAAAGACGUCAAAAUUUAUCACAAGUAUUACGUUACGUACGUUUGCCAUUAUUAUCACCAAAAUUUUUAGUUGGUACUGUUGGUUCUGAUUUACUUGUUAGAUCAGAUGAUGCAUAUCGUGAUUUAGUUGAUAAAGCAAAUUAUUUAUUGUUACCUCAAGAAAGACCAUUAAUGCAAGGACCAAGAACAAGACCACGUAAACCAACAAGAAGAGGUGAAGUAUUAUUUGCUGUUGGUGGUUGGUGUUCUGGUGAUGCAAUAGCAUCUGUUGAACGUUUUGAUCCAAAUACGGCUGAUUGGAAAAUGGUUGCACCAAUGAGUAAAAGAAGAUGUGGUGUUGGUGUUGCUGUAUUAAAUGAUUUAUUAUAUGCUGUUGGUGGACAUGAUGGACAAAGUUAUUUAAAUAGUAUUGAAAGAUAUGAUCCACAAACAAAUCAAUGGUCAUGUGAUGUUGCACCAACAACAUCAUGUCGUACAAGUGUUGGUGUUGCUGUACUUGAUGGUUUUUUAUAUGCUGUUGGUGGACAAGAUGGUGUACAGUGUUUAAAUCAUGUUGAAAGAUAUGAUCCAAAAGAGAAUAAAUGGUCAAAAGUAUCACCAAUGACAACAAGAAGACUUGGUGUUGCUGUUGCUGUACUUGGUGGUUAUUUAUAUGCUAUUGGUGGUUCUGAUGGACAAUCACCAUUAAAUACAGUUGAAAGAUAUGAUCCAAGACAAAAUAAAUGGUCACAAGUAUCACCAAUGUCAACAAGAAGAAAACAUUUAGGCUGUGCUGUAUUUAAUAAUCUUAUUUAUGCUGUUGGUGGUAGAGAUGAUUGUAUGGAAUUAUCAAGUGCUGAGCGUUACAAUCCACAUACAAAUACAUGGAGUCCAAUUGUUGCAAUGACAUCAAGAAGAAGUGGGGUUGGUCUUGCUGUUGUUAAUGGACAAUUAUAUGCUGUUGGUGGUUUUGAUGGUACUGCAUAUUUAAAAACAAUUGAAGUUUAUGAUCCUGAACAAAAUCAAUGGAGAUUAUGUGGUUGUAUGAAUUAUAGAAGACUUGGUGGUGGUGUUGGUGUAAUGAGGGCACCACAAACUGAAAACUAUAUUUGGUAGCUCAGGCCCCCCUCUUCAGCUUCAUCAGCUGAAACAUUAUUAACAACAACACCUGCUGUUACACCAGUAACACCAGUUACACCACCUUCACCACCACCAUUACCAAUAUCUGGUCAUAAUUCUGUAUCAAAUAAUACCAGAAAAAGAUAUCGACGCUCUAUGAGCAUUAUAUGAUAAAUUUUAUUUAUUUAUUUUUAUUAAUAUUGUUAAUUUUUAGUUGACGAAUCUCUAGCUAAUGAAUUUAUAUAU